AUGGAUCCGCAAAGCCAGUCCUUUACCCCGUUCAGCAGUAAUAGCACGGGCAACAGUGGCGGCGGUGAGACGUCCUGGCGCCAGCAGAGCGAUAUUGUUAGAGUCCAGCAGGUGCAGGCGGAGCACGCCGAGAGGAUUGCUCGGUUAGAGAGGAGACAGGACGAGGAUGCGAGGUUGAAGAGUGUUUGGGGCCAGAGUUCGCCAUUUCCGAGUGUGCUGAGCGGAACACCGCAGCAAGCACCGCUUCAGCACCUCCCUUCCGACCAGUUCCGCAGCUUCGACGACGACGCCAACAACCUGAUGAGCAGUCUACAUCUUGAUGCGGAGGAGGAGCCGCGCAGAGGGUUGGGCGCCACAUCGAGAGCGAAUAGCGUGCGCUUUGACGAGACCGCCAACCAGAACCACUUCUCGCACUCCUCACGGCCUUCCGUGGAGUUCUUCUCGCGGACGAGCAGCGGAUACAGCGGCCUUCAGAUGACCGAGCGGAGUUCUUCGCAUAAGUCGGAAGGUCGCGCCAGCUCCGCGCACUCGAUGCGAUCUGCUGCUUCCGGCCGGGCUAACAGCCUAAAUCUCGAAACUGCCUACGGCUCUGGAGACUCCACCCGGUCGCCAGCAGAGGCUCCUGGACUUGCUCCUGGACUGCUGUUACUUGGCGCUGCGCCGGCCAUCAUUCGUUGUUGGAUGAACACCAACUUCAAGCACGACGCGUUGCUCUACGCUGCGGUCUGCACCGGUUCGUACAAGUCGUUUCUCGAUCUGCGACUGAUACACAAGCUCGGAUUCGAGGCCUCGAUUCGUGCGAAAGCCGAUGGCGUUCGUACAGUCGAGCUACCCAUCUACUUUCCGGAAGCAGUCUCACAUCCAGCCUCUUCACGAUCCAGCAGUCCCGCGCCGCAAUUACCAUCUCUACAGAUCGAGUUCCGCGUCAUUGAGCGCACCGAUCCCGAGGAGCACUGCAAAGCUAUCCAGAUCUUCAUUGGCAGCGAUGUCUUGCGUGCUCAUAACGCCGACAUUCUCUUCUCUUCGAAUAGCAUGACGCUGUACGACAACGAGCGCAACAAACUCAGCAUACCGCUCUCACGUCCUGAAAGCGAAGCGGCGUUCAAUGGCUUGUACAUUGACGAGCCACUGAAAGAGCAAAUCUACCUCAACGGCCUAGGCGUCGGUAGCUCUGCUGCAUCUGUGUCUUCUGCCGCCGCGAGUCCGCCUCCGGGCAAAUAUCGUCCGCCUGGUGCCCUCGCCGCGGAGUCGAGCAGCAUCGACUCCACCAAACUCGGUGUGAUUGGAUCUUCCGAUAAUGAUACGCGUCCUGCAAGCCGUCAGUCCACGAUUUCUCGUCCUUCCCUCAGUCAUCUCAACACCCGUGGCGAACUAGAAGCGGACACUGGCGCACAGAUCGCUCCUUCAAGAUCUGGCAGCACGUCCGGGAUCUGGGGCGGCAGCUGGCGCCGCGAGGGUACGACGUCUGCUAGCACUGCUGCCACACCUUCCUCUAGCACUCUGGACUGGGCCGGCGCCAGCAAGAACCGCGAGGCCUCGCCCUAUCAGCGCAAAGACCCGGGCAUCAAAGUCCUCAAACCCAAGGUUUCAGCACGAACCGUCUCUCGGUUCUUUGAUGAGGGCAGACGUCGGAGUGUAGAGAAUGGUGCGGGUGCGAAGACUCCUACUGCUGGCGCUAAGGAGGGCUCGAUCACGGGAACUCCCAUCACAUCUCCUGCGAGUGCGCCGAAGAGCAAGGCGAAUCCGAUUGGAGGCGCGAGCGCGUUUUCUUGGUUGGCGAAAUAGUGGCAAUGUCAAUACGAAGGUUGUAGCGGAAGCAUGGAAAGAAGCAAUGUCUCACGCAUCCGGAAGGGCGUGUUCGAGAGCUGUGUUCGCAGAUCAUACUUGUAGUGUAUCAAGAGGUGAGGACGUCCCUGG